AUGGCUUCAGAGUGGGACUCUGAAGAUAGUGACUCGCCAAUUUUGGCAAGUUAUUAUUCGCCAGAACGACAAGCUGACACCAAACUGGCAUAUUUCGAGACCAUGAACGAAGGACCACUUUGGGGUGUAUCACUCUCUGACAAACUGGAAACGCCCAAACCAACGGCUCGUCGAUUACAAUCUUCAAAUGGGUUUGAGAAAUGUUUUAAGUCACCGUUCGACUUGUAUUUCAGCACGAAGGAUAUGUGCUGCAUUCCAAUGGAUUGUGACGAACUCUCAACAGUCAUAUCAGUUCAAAAUAUAGCUAAUAUUCCUUUUAUCUCUAUAUCACCGAAUAUAUCCGCUGCGGCCAGAAAAAAGUUUCACUCGGGAGCUGAUGGUACCAUAAUUGGAACUGUUAGCAAAGCAGACCGGGCCUUGAAAAAUGAAACUAUGAAGAUCAAGAAGGUGCUGGCAUACCCUUUCUCUCCGCACGUUGCGAAGGAGUCGAUAUCCAAAUGUAAGCACUCAAGAUUCCAUACGAAAAUACCUGCAAAGGCCCGUAUGGGUAGAAUCCAUAUGACUGUGUAUGGAAAUGCAAUCUGGCAGAUUCUGGCCGAAUUGUGGCUGGUGGCAUCCGCAUCGAGAUAA